UCAACUGUCAUUACUGGAUGUUAUUGUUUUGAUCAAUAUAUAAAUUAAUUAAUUAUCGUGUAAUGGAGGGCUCAUCAAAGGAUAAUAAUUUACAAAAGGAGAAAGAAGAAUGUGAGAAAGCAGCACAAGAAACAUUUAACAGGAUUUUAGCAGCAUAUCGUCAAGUAAUUGACGGAAUCAGUGAUAACUGCUUUGAUGAAGUUAAUAACAUUGUUGCCAAAGAGACGAAAAAGAAACUUGAUAGAGCUGGGAGUGCAUUUAAGGAGCAUCUGUUUGGAUUGAUUAAAGAAAAAUUCACAAAAAUCUGGAGAGAUCGAGAGAUGAACCUUAGUGUUGCUAUGCUGGAAAUGGCAAAAAGGAACUUUGUGGUCAAAGAAAAGUGGAGACCUACAGACAAGACAGCAGAUGAACAAUUACGUCCGCAUUUAGGAAUUGUAUUGACCAAACAAAGAGACAUGCUGAUGAAGCAAAUUGAGGAACAGAAUGAACAAAUUGCUAAACUAAUACCGUGCGUCGAGGAGUCACGACGAAGAUUUAGAGCCAGGAUGCAAAAGAAGACAAACCUAGCAAUUGAAAUCGAAAAUGAUACCAAACGAAUGGAAGAGUCUCAAAAGCGAGUUGAGUCAAUGAUAGAAAAAUUAUAAUUAAUGAACAAAGAUAUCAAUUUUUAAGUACAAAUCCUUUAUUGUAAAAUAUUCUUCUCGAUCUUUUUAUAUAACUUACUAAUGAUUUAAUAAUAAAACAAGGAAACAGAUUUUUUUUAAGUUUUUUAAAACAGUGAAAUGUAUGUAGUAUAGCGACUAGUAAAAUAUGUGAAAAAUUUUUAAUUAUGUAUAAGAUAAUAUUAGGACGGUAUAACUUUCAAUCAUAUUUUUUUCUCGAAAAAUUUAUCAACAAAAGAGAAUAAGAAAUAACAUAAUCAAGACAUUAAUAAUUAUUAUUUACAAAUUAAUUCAUUUUAUAUAUCUGUUAAGCUAAUUUCUCCUGCUAGAAUUAAUCAAAUAUUUGCAACAAUGUGUCAGCAAGUGCUUCUCACUCGAACUGUUGUGAUGCAUGUUAUUGCCGACUUCUCUUGUGUAGAUGUCUAAGCCAUACUGUCCUUCUUCUGGGAAA